AGUGGGGAGAGCCUGUGUGUGCUGACCUGUCCGCAUGAGGCGCUGCUUGCUCAGACUUGGGCCUGCUGCUGUAGAUCCGCGGGGUGUAGAGCUGCUCUCCGCGCAUCUAUCCGUGGUGUUUCUGUGUGGGGCGUUCAGCCCAGCAGCGUCGCCUUUGCCUACCCACCAGCUUCGGGAAGGGGCUGACUUUCUUGCUCCGCUGCCGAUCCUCCCGCACUCCCUCCGUUCAAGAGGGGAUAAACACAGAGUUAAAGUCCAAGCCGGGCAGCGUUGCAGUUUCAGCGUUAGCGGCGAUUUUAAUUUAUUUUUUAUCCCCCCUCUCUCUCUCGCUCCCUCCACUCACGCGACUCAAUUGUUGCCGUUGGACCAAACGGGAUUGAACUUGAAACGAACCCGCAGACAUUUUGUUAUUUCUGAGAUUUCUUCUUCACUUUUUUCAUCCCUGUGGCGCCUGCGGGGAGCGAGCCGCGAGCUGUAAGGGGGCCAACGGCACGAGGCGAAACACGGUCGGCGUUCACCUUCCGCUCCGCUCGCGGGCUGCAUCCAAACAUUUAGUGCACGCACGGCGUUAUUAAUUUACCUGCGCUGAGCUCGCGACGCUGCCGCUCGUGCGCUAAAGCGGAAAGCUUACGACGGCGAUGAAUCAUUUUGACUGACAGCUUUUGAAGAAUUAGCUAGCUUUAGCCAGCACUGAUGGUGCUUUCCUGCUCACGCUAAAGCAGUAAAUACGGGGUCGGGACAACCCAGAUAGGACACAGACUCUUUUGCCUCUCUAACGGCCGCAAAGUGCAUCACUUAUAAUCGGCUUAAUUUUAUAUUUAUUUAUUUUGUUUAAAAGAGGUGGUGGGGUGGGGGGAGUCCCCUAGCUACUGUUAGCUAGUCAUCCUGCUAACGCUGGACAGCUCCUGUGUACGGCUGGGCUAGCUUUGGACAAAAGAAAGAGCAACGCAAGGGGAAAUAUAAACAUCGUGUUUGGGAAGGAGAGCAACAAACAAGGAACUGACAUGAUGUUUCCACAAUCAAGGCACUCAGCCUCAUCGCAGCAGCUGAAAUUCACGACCUCUGAUUCCUGUGACAGGAUCAAGGAUGAGUUCCAGUUUCUUCAAGCACAAUACCACAGUUUGAAGCUCGAGUGUGACAAGUUGGCCAGUGAGAAGUCAGAGAUGCAGCGCCAUUAUAUCAUGUACUAUGAGAUGUCCUACGGGCUCAACAUUGAGAUGCACAAACAGGCUGAGAUAGUCAAGAGAUUGAAUGGGAUCUGCGCACAGGUCCUCCCCUACCUGUCUCAGGAGCACCAGCAGCAGGUCCUGGCAGCCAUAGAGAGGGCCAAGCAGGUCACCCCCCCGGAGAUGAACUCCAUCAUAAGGCAGCAGCUCCAGGCUCACCAGCUGUCUCAGCUUCAGGGCCUGGCCCUGCCCAUGACUCCGCUGCCGCUGAGCCUGAGCCAGCCGACCCUCCCUGCCGUCACCACCUCCUCUGGUCUCUUCUCCCUCUCUUCCCUGCUGGCCUCUCAAGCCCAGCUGGCCAAGGAGGAGAAAGCAUCGCGGGAUGGAGUCGACAGCCACCGUGAGGAGGAUGGAGACAAGUCUGAUUAGAUGGUGUUUCAGCCCUAUUCAGCUCUGUUUUUAUCCAGAGACCUGAAUCCCUAGAUUCAAGCCCACUUGGCCUAUAGCCUCUCCCCCAGGUCUCCCUCUCUUUGACACUACCUAACAUGGGCUUCAAUUUCAUCUCUUCCGACCCCCUAGCCAACCCCAUUAUUGGGAGGUCUUUGGCACAUACCACCUUAUAUCCUGGUAUUCACCAUAGUUGGGUUGUUUCUAUAUCUUUUUUUUUUUUUUUUUUUUUUUUUUUUUUAAGCCAUGAGACUGUCGCUUUCUUAUGUAUCUUGUAUUUUCAAGUGUGCUCUCUCUCUCUCUCUCUCUUUUUUGCAUGUGAUUAAGCCACAUUUAUCCCUUUUUAAAAAAAAAAGAAAAUCAGGACUACUUUCUAUUUCAGUUUCUUCCUGCCUCCCUCUUGCUUUUCUCUCUCUUCUGAUUCCUGUUGAGUUUCCGUGUUUUCCUUUCUUCUCCAUGCCUCUCUCUCUCUUCCUCCCUGUCUUCCUCCCACCUCUUGCCUCUGCCUCUUUCAUAGGUCCUUGUUAGACAGGACUGAUCCGUCAGACUGAAUGCACUGUUCCGUAGGUGUUAACAGAAAAAAUGUUAAACACUUGGAUUUGCUGGCAAGCUGUAAAACUUGUCAGAUGCAACACAGGAUUCCUAAAAACUUCAUUUUCCCAACAUAAAGGUCUCACCGAAAUCAGCAGUGUUGAUAUUUCAUGGUGUUUCACCUCGCGUGUAUUCAUUCUAAGAUAAAAGUGGGCUCAAAGUUUAAAUGUUGGAUUGAUAAAAGAUCAGAGAAUUGUUUAAAAAAUGCCCCGGCUAAAGACAGAAGCGUGCUUAAAAGCUAUACUCACUUUCUAAUCAAAAACCUCUGCCUUCAAAAGAGAAUCGGUGUUAUGAAAAGACAUAUCCGGGCAAAUUAGAGAUUUUGCGAGUAAUCCUAAUUUUAUAUAAAAUAAAAGCAUCUUAGAUCCGACUUAAUGCUGAGAGCCGUCAGAGUAGAUAACAGACCCACCUUGAUAAGUAAUCCCCCCGACGUUUGAUCCUUGCCCGACCCUGUGAGGUGCGUUGGAUAAAUCCACCCAGCACCGUAACUGAAAGGCAUCAUUAAACGGAGCUGAGGUAGCACAACGUGCAGCAAAGAGAAGUAACGCCACUUCACGUCCACACCUUCCCACCAUCUUUUUCCUCUUUAAUGUGCACUAAUAUCAGAGCAGACACUGAGGGGAGAAAGAGUGCAUGUUGUGUGUUUGACAGCAGAGGGCAGCGUGUGUCUUUGAAGCAUCCUCCUCGCUUGUGCAGAACAAGGACAAUGACAGAGUGCAGACUGUGUCACAAAGGGAAUGGCUUAUUUAUCCAGUCUGAGUGUGCAAACUUAAUGCACAGUAGACACUAGACCGGUGGCAUCAAUUACUGCAGUGAUGCAGGUCUCGAAAAGUUGUCUGCUUUGGUUUAUUUUGGUCUCUAAAUGGAACGACUCCAUCCUAGCAUGAAACAAAAACACGGGCUCUCUGUAAAUUCACUUUUAAAUACCCUACGAUUCACUGCACAUAAAGAUCUUUCACAUAUCAGAUUAAUCCUGCAUUAUACAGUUGAUUUAAUGCCUACAUGGGGCACUGAGUAUGAUUGAAUAUAGUUACAUUACUGUAAUUCACACAAAUGAAGCACAAGUGCAUUCUACAGCUGCUGCUAUGAAUCCAAACUAAACAAAAACACCCCCUUCAAACAGAAAGGUCCUGUACGCUCUUGGUUGUUUUCAGAUUAGACCUCGAGUCUGCUGGAAGCUGGGCGAAACUAUGCCAGCCCACCACAACAUUGAUGAUCUCAUUGCAAUACAAAGUUCAGCUGCGGAAUCUUCUGGUUUGACUUUCCUUUAGAUGUUAUUACGAGCAACGGCACCUCUGCCACAUUGCUGAAGGUCUUUAUCCGGUCAGAGGAUCUACUACCACCGUCCUAGUGCCAGACGCCAAAGGACAAUUCCCAGAUGUCUCGUUUCCAUGCACCAACCUGUUGGAGCUUUUUUGGAGGUGCAAGGUAACAUACUCAGUGUUAGGCAGAUGGCUUUAAAGUUGUGGUUGAUUAUUUUAUUAAAAUACCCACUGCAUCUUUUACCAAAUUCUUAGGAAAAAAAAGUUCUGCUCCAUGUGGGGGUCUGCAAAAAAUGUAGUAGUUGACGUUGCAUAGUUUGUCCAACAGAGGGCACUCUGCAACACACGUGAUUUGAAUGCCACGCAGCAAACGCAGCAACCAGCCGGUCACUAAUCUGGGAACCAGGUUUACUAAAGUCAGACUCUAACUGUAAACUGAGCAGAUCAGCAACUCUGAGUUGGUAUUUUCAUGGAGGCUGGUCAGAGUAGGCAGCCAUUUUUAAUGAUGCUGUCUGAAACAGAGGUCGCUUGUGACAUAUUGAGUCUCAUAAAGGUUAAAUAAAUAAAACUAAAAUUAUGUUGGGCCGCUCUAUAUAAUCGUAGAAAAAAGUUUGUACCAUAGGCCUGCCAUCGGAUCAGAAUUGAAUCCAAUCAUUUCCUAUCUGAUUUCUCAGGAUUAACAAACUCUGAAUUUUAGCUAAACCUGCUUCCUGGAAUAGGGUUGUGAUCUGAGAGGAGCAUAAUAUAAUAUCACCAAAUACUGUUUGUUUUUUGUUUUUUAAAAUUAAAGAGUGUCUUUUGCAUUACAUACAGUUCCUUACUGUGAUCUAAAAUUGGUCUUUACAGGAAAUGAAGACACAUCUGCAGCUCUUUAAUAAACUCUUCUGUUUAUUUAUUUUUUAAACCAGCAUGGCAAGAAUUCAUGUUAUUAGUAAGGAGAAUAAUCAGUGAUCGCUUUUAGAAGCAUCUGAAAGUCUUAUGUUGCAUUUAAUUAAGAACAUUUGUAUAAUGAUAGCAUUACAGUCCAAAUUCUCAGUCAGUUAGGAGACUAUUAUUUGUAAAGUAGUAUAGAGCCAGUUUGACAGUAUCUUUUGUUCGGUGGUUUUCACUUCAGACAUUUUGACAUGUCCCAGUAAGGUAAGGUGUAAAUAGUAGAAUUAAUGACUUCCAUUGAGCUGUUAAGUACUGUUCAUGCUAUCAUACUGUCAUUGCUUAGUGGGAAAUUUAAAUUGACCAGAGCUGUAAUUUAUAUCAGUAACACAGAUAUUCUACCUGUUAGUACAAGUCAAAAUCUCUGUUGUGAAAAGUAUCAGUGCAAAUUAAUAAAUAGUGGAAGUAGACCAAUUUUUAUACCCAGUGCGCAUUUAUAACACCAAAAAAAAUGCAAAAUAGGACUGAAAAUUUGUCUAUAGUUAAAAAACAAAAAAGAAUAGAGACUACAUCGCGUUCUUCAUCAUGUUUGGGUUGAAUUUGUUUGCUUUUUGGAUAUAUUGGAGUUUCUUUUUACUGUCCCGGGGAUUUGUCAGGCAACAGAAGUGCGAAUGGGCGAAAUGUCUGCUUUCAAAAAGAUGACAUGCAAUUUGAGAGGUACCACGUAUACUUUGAAAAUGUCGAACCACACUUAAAAGCACGUACACCUGUCUUGACCUCCUCUCUUUUCAUCUCUGAAUGGCUUCAUUGAGUGUAGCCAUCUCGAGCUGUAUAUGUAUUUUUAAAAAAAAACCUGCUCCUUUCAUUUGGGGGAAAAUAAGCUCAGAAUGGUCUCCGGUUUGAUGAUAAAGCACAUUUUUAUUGCAGAAGUACCCUUCAAAGAGAUCGGCGAACGUGCACGUUUGAUAUCCAAAAGUGAAAAUACAUAUGAGGGACUUUCAGAAUAAAAGCCUCCGUCUUCUAAAGGUUCAGGUGAUAAACUGUUGAUGGCAUUUGCUGGAGGACUCUUUCAAUGAUCCCCAUUGUUGUGUAUGUAUGUGAAUACAUAAAACAAGGUGUGUAUAAACACUUGUACAGAUCCCGUAGUCGAUGCUAAACCAGAUGAAAUGCGUUGCUGUUCUUACAACUAAAGCUAACAUGCUACCUUGCUUGUGAAUUAAGCUCGCGGCACGUCGUCCUCCCAUCUAGCUGCAUACUGUAUGUAUCUAGUUGCAUACAUACUGUACUUGUUGUAGUGAAAUGCAGAGCGUGUAGACAAAGCAGAACACACACACACAUCAAUGCAUGUCUGCGGGGGAACUGAGAUUGAUUUCUUUCUAGUGGAGACAUUUUUUUUUUCUUUUUAAAGAAUGUUUGAUCCAAACUUUCUGUGAUCGAUGCACUCGUUCCUUUCCUCCCCCCUUUUCUUCGUUUUUAAAUAUUAAUCGAUAUGAACUAGAGGGAGAUUUGCAAGGCUGACGUUUUAGACGUACAAAUGAAAUUCUAUGUAUUUGUUGAAGUAGUUGGAGGUGCUCGCCUCUGUAUACAGUUAUACAUAGAAAGCUUUAUGUGUAUAUGGCUGCAUCUUCUCUUGUCUGUCCUGGAUGAUUCUUGUGCUAUUGUGUUACAAAACUGAUGUGACACCAGGGGGGAGGGAAACUGCAGUAUGUUGACCUUUUCACCCUUUGAUCCCCCUUUCCUUUUCUCCCCCCUCCCACCACCCUAACACUCCCCCCCUCCCACCCACUCCCCUUGACUCCUGUGCCGCCUCUUUGCCCUCAUAGCGUGAAGCAUUGUAAGCGUUUUGAGCUUUGUAAAGGUCUUUUUUUAAAUACUUAUUUUGUGUAUAAUGUAAAACCUAAAAGUGUGUAAUUUGGCAAAAAAAAAAUGUUUUGUGUCUGAAAUCAUAGCUUCAUUUAAACAAACGAAAAAGAAACUCUAAAAAAAAAACGUACAGCAAACAUUUACUAUAAAUAAAAUGAAAUGUUCUGCAGUAAGGAAGGACUUCUGGUGCCUUACAAAUAAAGUCAAUCAAAUCAUAAA